GUGGACUUUGUUUUAUUAGGUGGGGACCUUUUUCAUGAAAACAAACCUUCCAGAAAAACAGUACACUCUUGUUUGGAGUCACUAAGAAAGUACUGCAUGGGUGAUCGUCCUGUUCAGUUUGAAAUUUUGAGUGAUCAGGCAGUUAAUUUUCAUUAUAGCAAGUUUCCAUGGGUGAAUUAUCAGGAUAGAAAUCUCAACAUUUCUAUUCCAAUUUUUAGUAUUCAUGGCAAUCAUGAUGAUCCCACAGGGGCAGAUGCACUGUGUGCGUUGGAUAUUUUAAGCUGUGCAGGACUGUUGAAUCACUUUGGACAUUCACCUUCUGUGGAGAAAAUAGAUAUUAGUCCCAUUUUAUUGCGUAAGGGUAGAACCAAAAUCGCUCUGUAUGGCUUGGGAGCUAUUCCAGAUGAGAGGUUGUAUCGUAUGUUUGUCAAUAAACAAGUAACCAUGCUGAGGCCAAAGGAAGAUGAAGAUAGUUGGUUUAACUUGUUUGUGAUUCAUCAAAAUAGGAGCAAACAUGGAGCCACCAACUACAUUCCAGAACAGUUUUUAGAUGACUUCAUUAAUCUUGUUGUGUGGGGUCAUGAACAUGAGUGCAAAAUAGCUCCAUCCCAAAACGAACAGCAACGUUUCUAUGUUUCUCAGCCAGGAAGUUCAGUGGUGACAUCUCUGUCCCCCGGAGAAGCUGUGAAGAAACACAUUGGUUUGCUGCAUGUUAAAGGGAAAAAAAUGAAAAUGCAGAAGAUUGCUCUAGAGACAGUGCGAACUUUCCACAUGGAGGAUAUUAUUCUAGCUGAUCAUCCAGAUCUUUUUAAUCCUGACAAUCCUAAAGUAACUCAGGCAAUACAAGCAUUCUGCAUGGAAAAGGUUGAAUUGAUGCUGGAUGGCGCAGAAAGAGAACGCUUGGGAAAUCCACGUCAGCCAGAGAAGCCUCUCAUAAGAUUACGAGUUGAUUAUGCAGGUGGCUUUGAACCAUUCAGUGUCCAUCGUUUCAGCCAGAAGUACAUGGAUAGAGUGGCUAACCCAAAAGACAUCAUACACUUUUUCAGGCAUCGUGAACAAAAAGAGAAAAAUGACAGUGAUGUUAAUUUUGGAAAACUGGUUAGCAGACCUGCUUCUGAGGGGAUGACACUGAGGGUGGAAGACCUUGUAAAGCAGUAUUUUCAGACAGCGGAGAAGAAAGUACAGCUUUCACUUCUAACUGAAAGAGGAAUGGGAGAAGCAGUGCAGGAGUUUGUGGACAAAGAGGAAAAAGAUGCCAUAGAAGAGUUGGUGAAAUUUCAACUAGAAAAAACACAGAGGUUUCUUAAGGAGCGUCGCACUGAUGCAGAAGAAGAAAAAAUAGACGAGGAGGUGCGAAAAUUCAGGGAGAGUAGAAAAAAGAAUACUGAAGAAGAGGAUGAGGAAGUUCGUGAGGCCAUGACUAGGGCUAGAGCCCACAGAUCUGAGGAUACAGUUCUUGUCGCAGCCUCCAGUGAUGAAGAACUCAUGGAUACAGGGACGAAAGGCACUGGUGAUUCAGAUGAUGGCCUUCCUGCAACACUGAGACGGGGAAGGGGUGGGGCAAGAGGUAGGGCAAGAGGUGCAAGAGGACAAAAUUCAACAGCAAGAGGUUCAUCUCGAAGGGGAAGAGGAGGCACUAGCCAAGAGUCAGCUACUAGCAGCAGAACCUACAAGCCUGUAUCUGUGCCUGCCAAGAAUAUGUCUAUCGUGGACGCCUUUAGGUCUUCGAAACAAGAGCCCUCCUUGAACUCAUCUAGAUCUUAUUCUGAGGAUAUUAUAGAUGAUGACUCCGAUCUAGAAGACAUUUCUAUUGUUCCUUCUUCCAAAGUAAAUCAAAGGUUGUCAACUACAUCUUCUCUUAGUAAAAGAGGUUCACAAAGCCAAACAUCUAGAGGAGUUGAUUUUGAGUCAGAUGAGGAUGAAUUUGAUCCUUUCAAAAGCACUGCAGCAUCAAGAAGAACUAAGUGA